UCCAGCGCCAGUUGAUUUCGACGAGCCCGUCCUCCUCCCUGCCUCUCCACUCCUCAGAUUCGUUCGAUUCCGCCGGUUCCGGUCGAGCCUGGAAGGCGACAUCGUCCGACUCGAUCCGUCAGCCAUCGGAUGCACCGUUCAACCGUCCACCAUCCACAGGAACUAAGCUAAGACUAUAAGCAGCUUCCCCCCUGGAACGAAAUGCCUCUCUGGCGAAGUUCUGCGCCCGCAGAAAGCGAUCCGGCACAAGCACAAGAGAGCAGCGCGCACAACGAUCCCGUCGCAUCCGCGACGUUGGCGGCGGGCGAGGGAUGGCUCGCGGGGCAUCUGAACCAUCUCACGACGGAACAGGAGGAAAAGCUGGCGGAGUUGAAGGCGUUGAGUGCCGAGAAGGGAUAUUAUACACCGGCGUCGGUGUCUAGUGGGGGUCCUAGCCAUGACGACGCGACGAUGCUUCGCUUCCUUCGUGCACGCAAGUUCGACGUGAAUGCCGCGUUCGGCCAGUUCAAGGAUACAGAGGACUGGCGACGGGAUAAUGAGAUCGACGCGUUGUAUGAGAAUAUCGACGUUGACUCGUACGAGGCGGCUCGCCGGAUGUACCCCCAAUGGACUGGCCGGCGCGAUCGUCGCGGAAUCCCCGUGUACGUGUUUGAGAUCCGGCAUCUGAACAGCAAGAACAUGGCGGCAUACAACUCGACGAUGACCACGCCGACGGCCGAAACGCACCAGGCGUCGACCGUCCCGGCGCGGCUGCUCCGUCUGUUCGCCCUGUACGAGAACCUGCUGCGUUUCGUCAUGCCCCUGUGCUCCGAGCUGGGCCGUCCAAACCCGGAAACCCCGAUUGUCUCCUCCAACAACAUCGUCGACGUGAGUGGUGUUGGGCUCAAGCAGUUCUGGAACCUCAAGGGCCACAUGCAGGAUGCUAGUGUGUUGGCUACGGCGCAUUACCCAGAGACUCUUGACCGUAUUUUUAUCAUCGGAGCUCCCUCCUUCUUCCCCACCGUCUGGGGUUGGAUCAAACGCUGGUUCGACCCCGUCACGACGUCCAAGAUCUUCAUUCUCAGCGCCGCAGAGGUGAAACCCACGCUCACCUCGUUCAUGGACCCGACCAGCUUUCCGAAACAGUACGGCGGCGAGCUCGAUUGGCAGUGGGGGGAUAUGCCGAACCUGGACGAGCCCGCCCGCGACCUCGUCAGCCAGAUCGUUUCUACUCCAGAGGGUGAAGGCUCGACUCAUCCAACUCUCAUCAAGGGCCCGGUCUUGUUCAAGGGCACCGAGAUCGAGAUCCUCGGUAAAGUGGACGGCAAGAGUCGGAAACAGACUCUUCCCGUCGUCAAGAAGGUCGUUGCGGAGCAUGACAACGUUGUCAACGGCUCCAACGACGAGAAAGUGCCCCUCGACCAGGCGGACGAGAACAUCUCCGUCCCUACGACAGCAUAGUUUUCUUACAUCUUUCUCUUUCUCGGCUGGAUGGAGGCCUGUUAUCUGAUAGAGGCGCUCUGCUCUACUUACUUUCGGGAUGCAUUCUAUGUUUCAUAGCAUAAUAUAAAUAGUAAUGCAAUUCGGGUAUAUAUAAAGUACUUCACUACAGUCGAAUACAACUACUGAAGUGACAUGAUGAACGC